CCAAUUGUUUUCUAAUUACUUUGUUUUAUAUUCUUUUGAUAGUUGGUUGUUUCUUCUUUCGGAUUAAUUGAUUUAUUGGAUUUUCUUUUUCUAUUGUUUUAAGUUGUCUGAUUAUCUUUUCCAUUUUUUUGUUUGUUCUUUGGUGGAAAGAAAGAGUUGGACAAAACGUUCUUUUCUAUUUGAUUUUGAUUUUGGUUUUCUCUUUUUUUGCUUUUGGUUGCGCGACAUGUUUGGUUAUUCGUUUAUUGCUUUGGGCUUUUUUGGCCUGAUUGUUCCGUUGCUGAUUAAUUUGGUUCCUUUGGUUGAUUGUCUUGAUAAUGGAUUAGCUCGGACACCGCCUAUGGGCUGGAUGACAUGGGCCAAAUUUUCCUGUAUUGUUAAUUGUACCGCUCAACCUGAUGAUUGUAUUUCUGAUAAGCUGAUCCGUUCAAUGGCUUCCGUUAUGGUUUCAGAGGGUUAUCUUGAUGCUGGUUAUAAUUAUAUUAAUAUUGACGAUUGUUGGUCUGAAAUGGAACGUGAUUCUAUAACCUCUGCCCUGUUACCUGAUCAUGAAAGAUUCCCUUAUGGGAUGAGAAAUUUAUCCAAUUUUGUUCAUUCAAUUGGUCUCAGGUUUGGUAUGUAUGGUGACAUUGGAACCAAAACAUGUCAAGGUUAUCCUGGUUUUUGGAUUGGUAAUGGAUCAGCAAGUGAUUAUUUCCUUCUUGAUAGUGAAACCUUUGCCUCUUGGGGAGUUGAUUCACUUAAGGUUGAUGGUUGUUACCAAGAUAUCGAUAUAUUUGACAAAAUCUAUCCAAGACUUGGUGAGAUGCUCAAUUUUACCGGUCGUCCCAUGUUGUAUUCAUGUUCAUGGCCGGCAUAUCAAGUCUAUGUCUCAAGGGAACCAGAUUAUGCCUCUAUUGCCAAAUAUUGUAACUUAUGGCGUAACUUUGAUGAUAUUGAACUUAGCUUCCAUUCAAUUUUAUCCAUAAUUGAAUUUUUCGCCAAAAAUCAUGAUGAUUUUGUACGAUAUCAAACUCCAGGUGCUUGGUUCGAUCCAGAUAUGAUUAUCAUUGGUAAUGAAGAACUGACCCUUGGUCAAGCUCGAGUUCAAAUGGCUGUCUGGUCAAUCUUAGCUGCUCCAUUAUUAAUGUCCAAUGACCUAAGGAAAAUUAAACCCGAAUUUAAAGAGAUACUUUUAAAUAGGAAGAUAAUCGCUGUUGAUCAAGAUCCUAUGGGUAUUAUGGGUGAAAGAGUUUACAAUUCAACUGACCUACAAAUUUGGGUUAAACCCAUUGAACCUUUGGUUGAAAGUAAACCCAGUUUCGCAAUUGCCUAUGUAAACUUAGGUGGAGCUCAGAAUUUCUCAUUUAAACUUGGUGAUAUAUUAACUGGUAAAAAUGCUGCAUCAAGUUACUCAAUUGAAGAUUUGUUUGGAGAUGAACAUCUUAGCUCACCUUUAACCCUUUCAGCCAAUUUGACCCUUAAGGUUGGAGGUGAUGGAGAUGCCCGAAUGGUCAAGAUUAUACCAAGAGAUGGUCUCGUCCUUGAACCAAUGUCCUCUAACGAAGUUGAUCAAUUUUGAUAACUUACAUGAUAACAAUUGAGAAAAAUAUAAAAACUAAACUCUGGAUACAAUCAACUUUUUUCCCUCCCACCGAUAGACAAUAUUAAUCAUUGAUUCCUAUUAACUAUAUUUUCCUAUCAACAAUUAACCUUUUGCAUACUCAAUUUACAGCUAAUUUACUCACACAAUAGUUUAUCUACCUUAACCCAUUAAAAUUAACCACUAUGAAAAUUUAAACAA